CACAGCGCUGAGCGCCCGCCCGCCUGCCGGCCGGCCUCCCUCCUUGCUCUGCCCUUUGAGGAGCCGCCUGCCCCCGGGUGAAGAGACGCCUCUGCGCCUGCUGCUUCCACGCCCCGUGCCCGCGCUGGCAAAUACGCGAGAUAUCAGCCGCCCGUUUGUCUCGGGACAGGACCCUCAUCCCAGCGGGUUGAAGGGCCACGUCGAACGGGCGCUUUCCGCGAAAGGCGUCAGUAAGGCUAAGAGCCGCAGAACCCGCGCGCUUGCUCAGGGGUAAGCUUGCCGCUGAGUCCGGCUUUCGUGCGCGCGGAAGGAGGCGCUGGAGUCGCGCCCCCCGUGCGCAGGACCUCGAGGGGCACGUUUUUAGGUAGGUGCCGGUGAGGCCGUUUCGCCGCACGCCAUCGCUGGACAAGUUCUUUUGCCCACCUCCCUGAAAGGAUCGUAAUCGUGUUAAGUAUUGAUUAUGGCUGGGUGAAACUUCAUGAUCGGUGGAAGGAGGAGGGGGUCUACCGAACAGAGCAAGGGCUGCUCAGAAGGCAAGACCAGAAGCUAUUACGGAUGUAGUACGGCACUUAUCUAGUCUUCUUAUAGAGUAAGCUGUUGCUAAAUAGUCAAAGGGCGGGCACUCUAAUAUGAGAAGAUCUUUCUGAUCUGAAACUUUCUCCCAAACUACCUCCAGGCCAAAGGUACAAGUGGCAUCAAUUUCUAGUGAAGAUAGAGGAAGCCGCCUACCGUAUUACAGACUCACAGAGCAAGACUUUUGCAGACAAGUUCUGCUUUACGCUGCGCAUAAAAACACAGACAACUGAGGAAUGCGGAAAUGCAAGAUAAGCCUUAAUGAUGUGAACAGGAAUAAAUUGUAUAAUCUAAGGACAAAUUGAAACAGCAACCAUUAAAAAUAAACAGUUGCUAAGGCGUUGAUCUAAGUGGUCGCUAGGAGUCGAAAACGGCUUGAUGGCACAUAAGGCGUUAAACCCUUGAACAGCAGAGUUACCGAAGGUUAUUUUAGAUCAGUUUACGAGCAUAAUCCUAGCAUGAAGAAGUUAAAGUUUAAAGAACUUGAAAGUUGUUUGCAACAAGUUGAUGUCUUUGAGAAUCCAAAACUCCUGCUUGAACAAUAUCCAACACCGCCACAUAUUGCAGCAUGUAUGCUUUAUACAAUUCAUAAUACAUUUGAUGAUAUUGAAAACAAGAUUGUUGCAGAUCUUGGAUGUGGUUGUGGCAUAUUGAGCAUUGGAAGUGCCAUGUUGGGAGCAGGGUUAUGUAUAGGAUUUGAUAUAGAUGCCAGUGCCCUGGAAGUAUUUAACAGGAAUGCUGAAGAAUUUGACCUCACAAAUGUUGACAUGGUUCAGUGCAAUGUAUGCUCUUUGCCUGACAAAAUGCCCAAAACAUUUGAUACAGUUAUUAUGAAUCCUCCCUUUGGAACUAAGCAUAAUAAAGGGAUGGAUAUGGCUUUUCUCAAAACAGCGCUGCAGAUGGCAAAAAUAGCUGUAUAUUCCUUACACAAAACAUCAACUCGACAACAUAUUCAGAAAAAAGCAGAUGAAUGGAAAAUAGAAAUGGAAGUUUUAGCAGAGCUGAAAUAUGACCUACCAGCAUCAUAUAAAUUCCACAAGAAAAAAUCAGUAGACAUCGAAGUAGAUUUUAUCAGAUUCUCUUGUGAAAAAAAAAAUGAUGGAUGGAGGAAUGACUUAAAACUUCAUUAAAAAUAAUAAAA